AUGUUCAGUCGGCGAGUGGCCAGCUGCUGCCCGAUCCCUACGGCGAUGUACGGCGCGCUACACAUCAGUAGCCGUCGACAGGCCCAACGCCUCGUCCCACCGCUCGUUGCCCUCUCGCCGCGGGACACACGCAUCGCGGGCCCCGGCGCACUGCCGCUGCUGGCGGACGAGUCUCUUCCUGCUGAUGUUGCCGCAGUGCCUUCGCUCUCGGCUCUCAUUGGGCUUCCAACACAGGUACUGCUCAGCGGGUUUGCGUCUAACCCACUACUCAUGCGUAUCAUUUCCGAUACAAUGUGUACUUAUAGCGUUUUACUUCUUCACAAUUGGCGUUUCUAG